GGCCGCCGCCGGGCUGAGACCAUGCAGGCGGCGGCGGUGGCCACGGCCUUGGGGAUCCUGCUCUGGGCGGAGGCUGGGCGCUCGGCCGGCGAUGAGGCCCGGGAGGCGGCGGCCGUGCGGGCGCUCGCGGGGCGGCUGCUGGGACCCGGGAGGGCGGCCGACUUCGCGGUGUCGGUGGAGCGCGCCCUGGCGGCCGAGUCGGGCUUGGACACCUACAGCCUGAGCGGCGGCGGCGCGGCCCGCGUGCGGGUGCGCGGCUCGAGCGGCGUGGCGGCCGCUGCCGGGCUGCACCGCUACCUGCGCGACUUCUGCGGCUGCCACGUGGCCUGGUCCGGCUCGCAGCUGCACCUGCCGCGCCCGCUGCCCGCAGUGCCGGAGGAGCUGACCGAGGCCACGCCCCACAGGUACCGCUAUUACCAGAAUGUGUGCACACAAAGCUACUCCUUCGUGUGGUGGGACUGGGCCCGCUGGGAGCAGGAGAUUGACUGGAUGGCCCUGAAUGGCAUCAACCUGGCGCUGGCCUGGAGCGGCCAGGAGGCCAUCUGGCAACGGGUGUACCUGGCCUUGGGCCUGACCCAAUCAGAGGUGGACGAGUACUUCACUGGGCCGGCCUUCCUGGCCUGGGGGCGCAUGGGCAACCUGCACACGUGGGCCGGCCCCCUGCCUCGCUCCUGGCACCUCAAGCAGCUUUACCUGCAGCACCGGAUCCUGGACCGCAUGCGCUCAUUCGGCAUGACCCCGGUGCUGCCUGCCUUCGCAGGGCAUGUCCCCAAGGCUGUCACCAGGGUGUUCCCUCACGUCAAUGUCACCCAGCUGGGCAGCUGGGGACACUUCAACUGCUCCUACUCCUGCUCCUUCCUCCUGGCGCCGGAAGACCCCAUGUUCCCCCUCAUUGGGAGCCUCUUCCUGCGGGAGCUGACGCGAGAGUUCGGCACAGACCACGUGUACGGGGCGGACACGUUCAAUGAGAUGCAGCCCCCCUCGUCGGAGCCCUCCUACCUGGCCGCAGCCACCGCCGCUGUCUUCGAGGCCAUGAUCGCAGUGGACCCCGAUGCUGUGUGGCUGCUGCAGGGCUGGCUCUUCCAGCACCAGCCCCAGUUCUGGGGGCCCAGCCAGGUCAAGGCCGUGCUGAACGCUGUGCCGCGUGGCCGCCUCCUGGUCCUCGAUCUGUUCGCUGAGAACCAGCCCGUGUACACCCGCACCGCCUCCUUCCAGGGCCAGCCCUUCAUCUGGUGCAUGCUACAUAACUUCGGGGGCAACCACGGCCUGUUUGGAGCCCUGGAGGCCGUGAACCGGGGUCCCGCGGCUGCCCGCCUCUUCCCCAACUCCACCAUGGUAGGCACGGGCAUAGCCCCUGAGGGCAUCAGCCAGAACGAAGUGGUCUAUGCCCUCAUGGCUGAGCUGGGCUGGCGGAAGGAGCCGGUGCCUGAUUUGGAGGCCUGGGUGACCAGCUUCGCCGGCCGGCGGUACGGGGUCGCUCAUCCGGAUGCAGGGGCAGCGUGGAGGCUGCUGCUCCGGAGUGUCUACAACUGCUCCGGUGACGCCUGCAGGGGGCACAACCGCAGCCCACUGGUCAGGCGGCCGUCCCUGCAGCUGAACACCACUGUCUGGUACAACCGCUCAGAUGUGUUUGAGGCCUGGCGGCUGCUGCUCAAAGCCACCCCAACCCUGGCCUCCAGCCCAGCCUUCCGCUACGACCUGCUGGACGUCACUCGCCAGGCGGUGCAGGAGCUGGUCAGCCUGUACUACGAGGAAGUGAGGACCGCCUACCUGCACAAGGAGCUGGCGGCCUUGCUCAGGGCAGGAGGCGUCCUGGCCUAUGAGCUGCUGCCUGCGCUGGACCAAGUGCUGGCCACCGACAGCCGCUUCCUGCUGGGCAGCUGGCUGGAGCAGGCCCGGGCCGCGGCGGUCAGUGAGGCCGAGGCCCAGCUCUAUGAGCUGAACAGCCGCUUCCAGCUGACGCUGUGGGGGCCGGAGGGUAACAUCCUAGACUACGCCAACAAGCAGCUGGCCGGCCUGGUGGCCCGGUACUACAGCCCUCGCUGGCAGCUCUUUCUGGAGGCCCUGGCGGACAGCCUGGCCCGGGGCGUCCCCUUCCAGCAGCGCGCGUUUGACAAGCUGGUCUUCCAGCUGGAGCAAGCCUUCGUCCUCAGCUCCCGGAGGUACCCCACCCAGCCCCAGGGCGACACCGUGGACCUGGCCCAGAAGAUCUUCCUCAAGUAUUUUCCCCGGAAGGUGGCUGGCUCUCUGUGACAGAUGAACCAUCCCUGAGCCGUAGCUGACCUCAGACUGCAGGCAGGAGCAGGUCUCCGAACCCGGGGCUGGACGGGCCGGGGAGAAGGGCCUGUGGGUGGGCUCAGAGUGAGGGCUUUGGCGGGACACGAACCACACUCCCUCACCAGCCCAAAGCUGGGGGUGCGCGGCUGUUUUCCACCUGCUGAAUAAACUGACGAGCAGUCUGUCCAUCA